AUGACACCCCUGCUCACGGUGCUCCUGGUGGUUCUGGUGGGCCUGCCUGUGGCCCAGGCUCUGGAGUGCCAUGUGUGUGCCUACAAUGGAGACAACUGCUUCAAACCCAUGCGCUGCCCAGCCAUGGCCACCUACUGCAUGACCACACGUACUUACUUCACCCCAUACCGGAUGAAAGUGAGGAAGUCGUGUGUACCUAGCUGCUUUGAGACCGUGUACGACGGCUACUCCAAGCAUGCAUCUGCCACCUCCUGUUGCCAGUACUACCUCUGCAAUGGGGCUGGCUUUGCUACCCCAGUGAUGUUGGCCCUGGUCCCCGUACUCCUGGCCACCUUCUGGAGCUUGCUGUAA